AGCAGCAGCGACCGCUGCAGCUCCUGCUCCAGCUCGGACUCAAGCGCCGACGCCCUGGACGACGACUACGGUGCGCACGCCUUGUCGUCGUCUGAAGACGAGGAUGAAGACGACGACGACGACGACGAGCAGGGGGAUGACGACGACGAAGACGACGAGCAGCAGAAUUCAGCCAGCCACUUUCUGGUCAAGCCGAUGCCCUCGAGACUGCAGGUGUGCCCCGUGGACGACCUCGCCGUCGAGGACGAGAAGCGCAGGAGACGCUCGCGCCGCAACCUGAAAAACAAGUCGAACGGCAAGAACGCACCGCUCAAUGGCGCCAGCCGAGACGCAGAGAGCCUUCCCUCAACCCCCAGCCCGAUCAUGGUCCGCACGCGACUCAGCGGUAGCUCACCGACACUGUGCAAUGUUGAUUCCUCUGUUGCCAGCGCUACGAUUGUCGACAGGAACCGCCGCCCCAGCAGCGCAAAAGAGAGGAAGCACACGUCGGCGCUGCAAGCUGCAGUAGUAGGAGGACCCACCAACGACCACGUGCUUGCGCCAGCCGUCCCUUUGCUUCGAAAAGAUUCGGCGGCUAUUCGGAGACAAUACUGGAGCCAACUGGGCUUUAGUCUAUCACGUAGCGACCUGGAGAAGAGUACCGGCCGCAAGAAGGAGCGUCGCGAAGGCUUAAAGGUGCAGUUGAACGAUGCUGGCUUGAAGGAUGAAAAUGGCGCCAAGGGCUUCCUCCGGUUCAUCACGAGCUGGUACGCGCCCAUCACGGCCGUCAGCGGCGACGACAAGUCGCGGAAAGACAAGAACCGCUCUACCAGCGCAAGGCAACUCCGGUCGUCGCUGUCUCGAGUAUCAGCGAGUUCCGCUGUCGAUACCCCCACGCAGAAGAAGGGAGUGCGCUUCAACGAGGAGGCCGAGCUGUUCUACAUCCCGCUGCACCGCGACUACUCGAAGCGUCAACGCGACUGCAUGUGGCAUACACGCUCCGAGUUCGUCGCGAUGGUAGAGCGCAAUCUGGACGCCGUGUACGAUGAGAUGGAGCGCGAGUACGAGGCCCAGCUGGAGAACGAGUACCUGGAAAAUGAGGGCAUGGCGCGCGAGGAGGCUCGUCAACGUACCAUCGAGGCCCAGCAGCGAAAGGCCGCGGAGUCGGCAGCCGAGGCUGAAGCAGCUCGUCGCAGCCUGUCGCCGCCGCUCAGUCGUAGCUCCAGCACAAUGUCGUCGUCCGUGCCGACGCUCACGCUGUCCCAAAAGCAGGUGCUGGUGUCACCUCGAGCGCGCUCGUCCCACGACCUCCGCUUCAAGUACCUCAAGCACCUCGGAAUCGACAGC